UACCUACACCCUAGAUUGUUGGAUGCAUGGUAUAGCUUGGUAAAUAUCGGUUAUAUCUGUUAGCCUUUCACGUGUUAGCCGCCCGAGCCUUUGCCCUAUCGUUAAGGUUCCCGAGACUUCGUCAAUCACGCACGACUCCAGUAUGGCCUCUUCAUCGUCCAACGUGGUGGGUGUCCACUAUAGAGUGGGAAAGAAAAUUGGCGAAGGUUCGUUCGGUGUGAUUUUUGAGGGCACGAAUCUCUUGAACAGCCAGCAGGUUGCCAUCAAAUUUGAACCCCGGAAGAGUGAUGCUCCCCAGCUUCGGGAUGAGUACCGAACAUACAAGAUUUUGGUUGGGUGCCCGGGCAUUCCCAACGUAUAUUACUUCGGCCAGGAAGGUCUCCAUAACAUCCUGGUCAUUGACCUGCUCGGCCCCAGUCUCGAGGAUCUUUUUGAUCACUGCAACCGUCGAUUCUCCGUCAAGACUGUCGUCAUGGUUGCAAAGCAAAUGCUUUCUCGAGUCCAAACAAUCCACGAGAAGAAUCUGAUCUACCGUGAUAUCAAACCUGAUAAUUUCCUCAUCGGCCGCCCUAACUCCAAGGCUGCCAACGUCAUCCACGUCGUUGACUUUGGUAUGGCCAAACAAUACCGGGACCCCAAGACCAAGCAACAUAUUCCUUACCGUGAGCGAAAGUCGCUGUCCGGAACAGCGCGCUACAUGAGUAUCAACACACAUCUGGGACGGGAACAGUCGCGACGAGAUGACCUUGAGGCCUUGGGCCACGUUUUUAUGUACUUCCUACGAGGUGGUCUGCCGUGGCAGGGUCUGAAGGCCGCCACCAACAAACAAAAGUACGAGAAGAUCGGCGAAAAGAAGCAAACCACUGCAAUCAAAGACCUCUGCGAUGGCUUUCCAGGUAUGUAUCAGCGUAUCUGUUUCCCCCGUUCGCUCUCACUAUCAGAUGCGAUGCGACUAACCCACAUUUGUCUAGAAGAAUUCAACAAAUAUCUGACUUAUGUCCGCAACCUUGGCUUUGAAGAUACCCCGGACUAUGAUUACCUGCGGGACUUGCUCACCCAAUCCCUGAAGAAUGCGGGAGAGGUCGAGGAUGGAGAGUAUGACUGGAUGAAAUUGAACAAUGGACGAGGCUGGGAAUACAAGUCGUACUCGUCCCAGCAGGGACUGCACAACAGCGCCCUUCCGACCUCCGCUAGAGACCUUCACGGCCAGCCGCUCCGAAGCAGCCAAAGACCCGGCGUGACUGCCGACCGUUUAAACGCCGCGCAGCCCCCGCCCCCUUCUCCAGCGAAACCCGCAGUCGGGAAAUCGCGCGACCAGCCAAACGUCAGAGGCGGCAUCCCACCAAAACGCCAGAGCGGGGGUUUGGACACGACACCCGCAGCAUCGACCCAAGCACAGUUCCAGAACUCAAAUGCAAACAUUCCCGGUCGCCUCGGCAGCCCCACAAACCCGAUGAAGAACCAACAAACCCAAGGCGCGCAGGCAAGCAAUGAGCCGCAGCCCACCUUUGUACAGAAGGUGAUGAAAGCUUUAUGCUGCGGUUGACACCUGUUUUGAGUACGGAACCUAUGUAAUCCUACAUAACGUCCUUGACAUGUUGGCUGUCGACUGUUCUCUCUUUAUUUUCCGCUUCAUAUACACUCAGGAGGUUUGAAAGGCAACAUGCUAUACUGUCAAAACACGGGUGUCUCCUUCCCCCCCCCCCCCCCCCCCUUUUU